CCUCUCCUUCCUCGUCCUCCUCUUCAGAUCAAGAAACCGUGUCCUAGAAAGCAUCGAGAUCGCCCUUCCCACCCCUCAGAUCGUCCAAAGACGGCGGCUUUCGGAGCUGCCUGUGCUCUUUCCGGCACGACGGGUUGUUCGGUUUCCGGAUCGGGCAGCUCUUGUUUUUUCUGGUUGCCGGCGAGCAGGCGGCGGCGGCCGUCCUUGGAUCGGGAGUUCUUUGGCUUGUUGAGGUGCGGAGAUGGUGGCCGAGGCGGAGGUGAUGCAUCAGGCGCCCGUGCCCGUGCUGGAGGUGCAGUACCACCGGUGCGUGACCAAGGGGAUCGAUGAGGUCGUCGGGAUGUCUGCGGCGGCGGUGGCCACGCCGGCGGAGGUUGAGGUCGAGGUCGAGGUCGAGGUCGCCGUCGAGAUGCCUCGCAUGGGGCUGGAGCAGCCUGAUGCUGCACCGAGUGUAUCUGUAGAGAUGCUACAGUUUGUACCCAACAUCCGGUCUGGUAGCUUUGCUGAUAUUGGGCCUAGGAGGUACAUGGAAGAUGAACAUAUCCGGAUAGAUGAUCUUUCUGCUCAUCUUGGCUCGCUAUUGGUCUGCCCGUUGCCGAGCGCCUUCUAUGGAGUUUUUGAUGGCCAUGGAGGUCCAGAUGCUGCAGCCUACAUGAAAAGGCAUGCAAUGAGGUUUCUGUUUGAGGACAGUGAGUUCCCACAAGCAUCACGAGUCGAUGAGUUGUACCUUCAGUCUGUCGAGAACUCUGUUCGCAGAGCUUUCCUGCAGGCGGAUCUUGCUCUGGCUGAUGAUUUGGACAUCAGCCGCUCUUCUGGAACCACGGCACUCACCGCAUUAGUCUUUGGGAGGCAACUGUUGGUUGCCAAUGCUGGAGACUGCCGGGCAGUCCUAUGCCGGAAAGGUGUAGCCAUGGAGAUGUCUCGAGAUCACAGGGCUAACUAUGUCGAGGAGUGUGAAAGGGUUGCCGCGUCUGGAGGAUACAUUGAGGAUGGCUACCUCAACGGCGUCCUAUCCGUGACCCGGGCCCUUGGGGACUGGGACAUGAAGACCCCUGAUGCCUCGGCAUCCCCGCUCAUUGCGGAGCCGGAAUUCCGACAGGCCACUCUCACUGAGGAUGACGAGUUCCUCAUCAUGGGUUGCGAUGGGAUCUGGGACGUGAUGACGAGCCAGCACGCGGUGAGCCUCGUGCGGCGGGGCCUGCGGCAGCAUGAUGAUCCCGUGCGGUGCGCGAGGGAGCUUGUCAUGGAGGCGAAGCGGCUAGAGACAGCAGACAAUCUGACCGUUAUUGUCGUCUGCUUCGUGUCGGAGCUGGGCGCGCAGCAGCAGGAGCAGCCGGGGAGGCUGAGGGGCUAUAAGAGCCUGUCGACGGAGGCGCUGUGCAACCUGAGGAGCUGGCUUGAGACCGACCGCCGCUAGAGGAAGGGGGUUAGCGUGGAGGAGAGAUGGAUUGGUUCGAGAUUUGUAAAUACAACUCGCUGACAACACUGGUUGACAGAUCAUGAGGCGCUGGGUUCUAGUUUCCAUUUGUUGAGAGGCUGCUGCCGAGUAGGCAGGUCAGCUGCAGCAGCAGCCAGCAGUUUUGUAGGUUAUUUUUCACUUUGUUCCUUUCUUCCGUUUACCCCUUAGUAGUCGUUGCUGUUAUUGUUAACACUUGACACCUCUCUGUUGUACAUAUAUCUAUUGAAGCUAUUGCCAUCUGUUCAUUUGCAACUA